UUAUAAUGCAUGUAAAUUCAUAAAACAUGUUACAGUUUUCUUACAGUAUGAUCUAUUGACAGUAUACUCUGUUCUAUGCUUAGAAUUGACAGAAAACACCAUAGUGGUGGCCGGGGCCGUGUGCUGACUGACCAGCAGGAGUGGGCAGUGCUGGAAAUGGUGAGGGCCAGGAAUGAUAUACGGCUGUCGGAAAUAAAGCAGGCAAUUGAGGAGAACAAUGACACCUUUGCCAAUGUGGCAUCCAUCAGCCUACCAACAGUAGCCUGCCUUUUGAAGAGGCACCAGGUAUCAAUGAAACACAUUUACCUGGUGGCUUUUGAGAGAAACAAUUACCAGGUGAAACAACUGAGGGCUGAGUAUGUUCAGAGGGUGAUGGUGCUUGAUGCUGAUGUGAACCAUCACAAGUACAUUUUUGUUGAUGAAGCGGGCUUUAACCUGGACAGAACUCAUCGCCGUGGACGGAAACUCAUCGGCCAAAGGGCCACUGUCCAAGUGCUUGGACAACAUGGAGGAAACAUCUCCAUGUGCGCAGCUAUCUCUGAAGAUGGUGUGGUAGGACAUAGACCAUUACUUGGCUCCUACUAUACUGCACAUCUCAUUGAGUUUCUCAAUGAAAUUGAGCCAGCCUGUCAAGGUGAAGGUCACCUAUGUAAUUGUGUGGGGCAAUGUCAGGUUCCACCAUGCAGAGGUGGUUCAAGCAUGGUUUCAGGCCCAUCCCUGAUUCAUGACCCUCUACCUGCCCCCAUACUCUCCUUUCCUCAACCCUAUUGAGGAAUUUUUUUCAGCGUGGAGGUGGAAGGUCUAUGAUCACCAACCCCUUGAGUGCCCCACCCUCUUUCAGGCCUUGGAUGAAGCAUGUGAUGACAUCAGUGUAGACCAAUGUCAAGCAUGGAUUCGCCACACCAAAAGGAUUUCCCAAGGUGCAUGAACAAUGAUGACAUUCAUUGUGAUGUGGACGAGAAUCUAUGGCCAAAUACUCAAGACAGGCUUGAUCCAAAUUAAGGUAAUGUGUGCUAAAUGUUAUGUUUUGUUUUCAUUUAGUUAAUUUGUUUUAUUUAACUGUGUACAUUUGAUUAUAGAGAGUAUACCUAUGUUCAGUGGUGGGCCGUGCAUUUAAAAUCUAGGCCUUCAGUGUGAUUCAUGCCAUUAAGAAAACACAGUUUCACAAUGAAUAAGACUUUGGGCAUCAUACAUUAUGUUGCAGCUAACUAAUAAUACUAAUUGACAUUUUAAAAACACGUCCACGCACGAAAGCCAGAACUUGAAAUGACACUUAAUGCUCAAUCAAGCCUAAUUUUAACUGCAGCAUGACUGUUUUGUGAAAUGAACGUGUCCCGAACAGAUAUUCAAAAAUCAUAAUUUUUCAUACCUGGAAAAAUCUAUCUAAUAAUAUUUGUGAUUUAAAUGUUGCUUGCAUUACAUUUUGUUUCAUCAGCGUACAUGGUUAUGCUGCGUUCCAUACAAGUUGGAUGUGGGAUAUUCCUACUUGAUAUCUCCGACCAUAAAUGCAUUCCAUUCCCUGAUAUUCGGAAGAUGAUGUUUAAGGAAACAAAACUGCAAUGCUCCCGUUAGCUUAGCAGGGGUUUGACUCUCAUUAGAGAUGUCUCCUUGCAACCCAACUGAUAAACAAUGCUGCAGCGCCAGCAUCUGUUCUUCAGGUGUACGAUUAUCAAAAGAGAUUAUAGUUUACCAUGUUUUAUACACCUGUUUCUGCAGGCAUUUUUUAAACAAGCUUUAAUACCAUGUAAAGUGGAAAUGAACUCAUUUAUCGAUAUUACUUAAUAAAGUGAAUGUUUAUCACUUACUUUGUAUAUCUGCCUGGGUGUCGACAUGUUUGUGUGACAUCAUGCCCCUGCAUCUCAGCAAAAUCGGAGUUGAGAAUUUCUGCACGAGCCUACAGGUUGUAAUUCUGACUUCAGGAUGCAUUCCAUUACACUUUUCCUAGUAGGAAGUUGUAAAAUCCAACUUUCCGAGUUGAAUGGAAUGCAGUAGUAAUUUUCAAAACUUGAUCCGACACUGAAUGCUCAAGCAGCCUAAUUUACACUUAGAAAACUUCUGAUGUUGCUAUAACAAUGCAAAAAGCACUUACCAAUUUGAAAAUCAGUCCUCCUUUCCUGUUUAAUAAAUUAAGCAAUCACACGGUCAUGCAGAACAUCUCGAGUUUUUAAAUCCAUAAGGAUCUCUUUCUCAGUGGUGAUGUGGCAAUGCCAGCCGACUUGUCAGCAAGAUCUUGCGCUCUUGCUUUCAAAUUACGUACAUCACUUAAAGCGUGAUUGCAUCGACCGGGAUUUAUCCUAAAGAUCACCCCCACCAAGAACAAAUAAAUCAAUCUGAUUGGCUGAUGAAUCUGACUUUAGUUGCCCAUUCAUUUGCACUGUUGAGGGAUUAUGUGGAAAUUCUGAAGGCCUGACGGGGUGUAGCUCAAAAUUACGCACUGCUUUGGGCAUGCAAUUUGUGAAGCAGUUGUCACAUUUUACUUGUAAGCAUCAAAGAAUGAAUUCUGACUGGAUAAACUUUUUGUUUUUCUUUAUUUGUUUGUAGAUUAAGAGUAGAAAGCGAUUAAAAAUACAUAGCAAAAAGGUGAUUGAGUAUGAAAGGAUGAAAAAUAUUUAUUUAUUUGGCAUGUUAGGCCUUGCUGGCCCUGAGAAUUCACUACUGCCUAUGUUACAGUUAUAUCUGAAAAACACAAUUUGCCCAAAUGAUUGUAGAGGAUGUCUUCAUUGAUCACAGCUUGAUUACACAUAGGAUAGAUAUUAUGGAAAUGAUAGAUUCUAUAAAUGCUGGGUAAUGUAAGUGUAUUGCCUAAUGUGAAAACUGUGUAAUCUGUCUUUUACAAUACUGUAGCAUAUUACUUUCAGCACUUCUAAGGGCGAUUUGAAACAUGUAUCUUGCAUUGUUUGUUAUUAGAUUCAUUGGUAGUUAAAACGAACAAACUGAAAAGAUAUCAUUAUGUUGUGUUUUGGUGAUUAAACCUUAUGUUCUCAUGACAUUUCAUGAGAAACGUAUGUUUUGAAUCAAUGGUUGUGUGGUGAGAGAUGUUUACAAUCCAAAUGAAUGCACAAUGGCAAGUUUUGAAUGAAAGACUGGCUGCGUUACAAGUGUGAUGAGUUUGGAGUUAUGUACUAAGAGUUGUGAGGUUUUACCACAUACUUGCGAUAAUAUUACCAAAGCGAUCAACAAAAACUGUAAAUUAUGAUAUUUUCAUUUUUGUGAUUUGCCUUUUGAAGCACACAUUUUUUCCAAUUUGAAAUGGAACUUUUUAUAAUUAAUUCAUAUUUGUAGCAAAAUAGCAUAUAAAAAUGGACA